AUGAUGAUGAGACGAGGUGUCUUGCGGAUUGCUCCCUCCGGUGCCCUCACGACCAACAAGGCCUUCGUCGCGGCACCGGCGGCCUCGCGGGUGCUUUCUGCGGCGCGCUUCUUGAGCACCGCGCCGCCGGGGGUGUACCUGCUGGUUCAACGUGGCCCCUUGGACAUUGAGGAACCGCGGAUGGCGGGGCGGGGCGGGGGGUGCGAUAGCAGCAGCAGCAGCAGCAGCAGCAGCAGCGGUACGGGGUCGCGGGAGGAGCGUAUCCGGGACCUUCUCACGAAAGAGCUGCAGCCCUCGCAGCUGCGCGUGAUCGACCACUCCGGGGGCUGCGCGGGCGGCACGAUCGAGCUGUUCGUGGAGGCGCAGGCCUUCGCCGGCAAGUCGCUGGUGGCGCAGCACAAGUGGGUCAAGACGCUCCUCAAGGACGAGAUUCGCGACGUGCACGCCAUCACCCUCCAGACCGCCCUCCCACCCCAAUAA